GACGCGGGAGGGCUUGGGUAAGGGCGCCGGAGAAGCAGGUGGAGUAGGGGACAGAGUAGGGAGCGAGGCAGGCCAGAGGGAGGACCGGGACUUUCGGGGGACGGAGGCCAACGGUGGGAGCUGAGGGACGCGCCACCGGCUGCUUGGUUCUCGGGAGAACAGAUCCUCCACAGUUCUUGCCCCAUCAGCCCAGGUCUAGAUUUGCUGGGCGAGCUAUGGCUAUCUGAGGCAAACAUGGGCUUCUCCCCUAGGCUGUAGCAUCUUGGAUGACCCACAGUCACUUGAGUUUCUGAUCAUAGACUCCAAGAAGGAAGUGAACAUGUCUGUCCCACUUGGUAUCCUAAUCCUAGCACAAGGCUGGCCUGAUUUAUAGGCAGUCCAGAGUGCUGAUAACAUGGAGAGGAAAAUCCCGUCCAGAGAGAGCCCCAGAAGACUCUCAGCCAAGCAGGGCAGAGGCACAGAGAUGAAGAAAGCGGCUCGUCAGCUCGGUGCGGUGGCUGCCGAGUCAGAUAAGGACUCUGGAUUUUCAGAUGGAAGCUCAGAAUGUCUGAGCUCCGUAGAGCAGAUGGAGUCCGAGGACAUGCUGAGUGCCCCAGGCUGGAGCAGAGAAGACAGACUGCGGCAGAGCUCCCGAGCUGCAGACGGCGCCUUCCCCGCGCUGUCCCCCAUGGUCGUCAUGAAAAACGUGCUGGUCAAGCAGGGCAGCAGCUCCUCGCAGCUCCAGUCAUGGACUGUCCAGCCAUCCUUUGAAGUGAUCUCAGCGCAGCCACAGCUCUUCGUCCUUCAUCCCCCUGUGCCAUCUCCUGUCAGCCCAUGUCACACCACUGAGAAAAAGUCAGACUCCAGAAACUACUUGCCCAUUCUGAAUUCUUAUGCCAAAAUAGCCCCACAUCCAGGCAAAAGGGGCCUUUCCCUUGGCACGGAAGAAAGAGGAGCAAGCAGAACACAGAAGAAGGUCUGCACUGAGAGACUGGGCCCCGGCUUGUCUUCCAGCGAGCCGACCAAGACUGGCACCGUACCAUCCAGACCCCCUACUCCAGCUCCACCCAGCGCCAAACUAGCCGAGGACUCCGCUCUGCAGGGUGUGCCCUCCCUGGUGGCAGGUGGAAGUCCACAGACACUCCAGCCCGUGUCCAGCAGCCACGUGGCGAAGGCGCCCAGCCUAACCUUCGCUUCCCCUGCCAGUCCCGUCUGCGCCUCUGACAGUACUCUGCACGGCUUGGAGAGCAGCUCUCCCCUUUCUCCACUGUCAGCCAAUUAUAGCUCGCCUCUGUGGGCUGCAGAGCGCCUCUGCCGCAGCCCAGAUAUCUUUUCUGAGCAGCGGCAGAACAAACACAGGCGCUUUCAGAAUACUCUAGUUGUCCUGCACAAGUCCGGCUUGCUGGAGAUCACCUUGAAAACCAAGGAGCUGAUUCGUCAGAACCAGGCAACUCAGGUGGAACUAGACCAGCUGAAGGAGCAAACCCAGCUGUUUAUAGAGGCCGCAAAGAGCAGGGCUCCUCAGGCCUGGGCCAAGCUGCAAGCGUCUCUCAUGUCUGGGUCCAGUCGUCCUGGCAGUGAUCCGGAAGCAUAUAGCACAGACCGCCCAGACAUAUAGCACAGAAGCAUAUUUUCCAGCCGUUUGCGUGGUCCUUCUAACUCUUCUUGCUGUUAAACCUCCACCCAUUUCCCAAAGCCUCCGUAAGCACUUUUCCUUCAAAGCUCACUUCUGAGGCCACGUGCCAGCCCUUGCUGCCGUCUCCACCUGAGGUCUGUGCAGAGGUCAUGUAGGUCUCCAUUCCCGAGGACCUCUGACUCCAGUGUUCCCAAGUCCUUUUUCCUUAGCCUGUAGGCACUUUCUUGAUCAUGGGGCAGAGCAGGAAAGAAGAUUGUGUGGGGCUCUUCUGUCACUUCCCACCAUCCCAUUUGUUAACUGGAUUAAGGAUGCAAUAACAUGGAUGAGCAGACAGUGAUACUUAUCAAGCCAGGAGUAGGUAAUGGGGGGAUGCGUGCAUAGAUCUUCCUGUGAGGAGGCCUGUGCCAAGCAAGGCCUAUCAUGCUUUGGGCACAGGUCAUGCCUGGGUGCAAACAGUUAAUCACAUACAGCUUUGUUUUGAUAAGCUUGAAAGUCAAGGGAAAGGGUAGUACCAUUUGAGUUGCACAAUUUGAUCACAAGCCAGAUUUUAUCUAGUCAAGUAGGCAAAAUACUUCAUAUUUUAAUGGUAUGGAUUGGAUUCAUUACCAUCUGGAAUUGUAGGUGGUGGAUUAUUAUAUUGAUUGACAACCUAAAGGAAAAGUAGCAAAUGCUAGCAUCUCUUGGUUAGCAGAUGGAGGGUUCUGGUAGCUCAUACUUUCUUCAAACAAUGAAAACAUUUUUUGUCUGAAAAGCUCAAGGAUAGCUUCAGUGUUCUUUUUUUUUUUUAGCUUCAGUCAUUCUUGAAGGUAUGAGUUGCCCCCCUGCUGCCACUAUAGCUGGGUGCUUUGCUUUGUUUUUAUAGUAGAGGGAAGACUUGAUUAUACUUCUAAACCUUGAAUUAAAUCAUCUUUAGGCUAUGAUCAUAAGGCCACAAAAUAUUGAAAAGCCUUUUGGUUUUUUUGUUUUUUGAGAUGCUCUCACUGUGUAGCUCAGAUUACUGACCUUGAACUCACUGUGUAACCCAGGCUACA